AUGGUUCAGAACGCCAGAAACGUGAGGCGUGGUAGGAGUGCUGGUAGAGGUGCUAGUAGAGGUGUAGGUAGGAAUGUGAGUGGUGAAGCUACUCCCGAAGGAGUAGCUAACAUCCCCAUAGGACGAGAAGAUCAUUCCCAAACUGGAACGAACUCUCAAGCUGACACUCGAGAUGUUCGUGAACUUGCUGCGGCUGUGUUAGUUCAAACACAACAAAAUGCUCAAAUCCUGCAAAUCACCCGUGAUCAUCAACUUUUUCAGCAACAACAAAGAGAAACUGUGCAUGAAGAUACGGGAUUGAACUCGUUUCUGAAAGGUAAACCACCACAGUUUGGUGGUGACUUUAAUCCGGAGGGUGCUGAGAAAUGGUUGCAAGAGAUAGAGAAGAUAUUCUCUUUCACUCACUGUAGAGAGAAUAGAAGAGUCGGAUAUGCAACAUUCAUGCUGACAGGCGACGUUGAAGCCUGGUGGAGAGGAAAACAUAGAUUAUUGGAAGAGGAAGGAAGAGAGAUCAAUUGGAUCUUAUUCAAAGAAGAAUUUUUGGGGAAGUAUUUUCCAAAGCUAUGUAGGAAAGAGAAGGAGAGAGAAUUCCAGAACCUGCGUCAAGGUAUGAUGACGGUGGGAGAGUAUACUAGGAAGUUUGAAUCCUUGCUAAAGUAUUCUGAAUUUUACCGCUUGCAUCCAAGGGAAGAAUGGAUGUGUGAAAAGUAUCAAGAUGGAUUGAAAUAUGAUAUCCAGAGGGCGGUUCUACCUCUGCAUAUUAUGCGCUUUGGUGAGCUGAUAGAAAGAUGUUUGGAGUUGGAAGGAAUUGACAAUAGGAAGAAUCAAUAUGGAUCAGGAGUACCAACCCGAAACAACAAUCACAAGGGCCAUUUUAACCGAGGCCAUGGAGGAAGGACCCAACAAGGGGGUAGGCCAUAUCAAAGGCCUACACCAUAUCAUAACCAGGAUUCUAGGAGGUUAAUGUUCAAGUGUUACAGCUGUGGAGGGGCACAUCUUAACAAAGAUUGUCCAAAUAGAAACAUUGGAGCUUGUUUUCGUUGUGGUCAGAAGGGCCAUUUUCUCAAAGAUUGUCCCCAAGGACAAAACCAACCAACAAGCCAGAAGAGCAUCCUAAUAAACAAUAACAAUGUAGGGAGAGCAAGGAACGGAGGCCCAAAUGUUGGUCAAGGACCUCAAAAUCAGAACAAGCCAACCACAGGAAGAGUAUUUGCAAUUAGAGGAGCCGAGAUCUCAAAGUCAGAUGGGUUAAUCCAAGGUAUGUGUCUAAUCGGAGAUAAGUUGGUAUCAGUAUUAUACGAUUCAGGAGCUACGCAUUCAUUUAUAUCUACAUCUUGUGCGAAGAUUUUGGGAUUUGAAAUUGUUGAUCUCAAUAAUAAGAUGACCAUUACAACUCCAUCGGGGGAAAGAAUGGUAACUUGUUCAGUCUGUGCAGACUGCCCUAUAAUUUUAGAAAAUAGAAGAUUCUUAGUAGAUCUUAUAGUACUCCCGCUAAAAGACCUAGAUGUCAUCUUAGGAAUGGAUUGGUUAUCAGCCAACGAUGUAAUCUUGGGGUGCAAGAAGAAAAUUUUAACGUUUGGAGAAGAUAGUGGAGAAAUCAUAAAGGUGGAAACUCUCACCCAAAAAUUUAUGAUGUUAUUCUCUAUGUCAGAAGGAGAAACCCCUAGUUUUGAAAAUAUUCCAGUGGUCUGCGAAUUCCCGGAAGUUUUUCCAGAAGAGGUUCCAGGUUUACCACCGGUUAGGGAAGUGGAGUUUUCUAUAGACUUGGUUCCAGGCACUGGACCAAUUUCUAUAUCUCCUUAUCGAAUGUCACCCUCAGAGAUGGCUGAGUUAAAGAAACAGUUAGACGAGAUGUUAGAGAAGGAAUUUAUUAGACCGAGUGUAUCGCCAUGGGGAGCUCCAGUCUUGUUUGUUAAGAAGAAGGAUGGUUCUUCUAGACUUUGUGUAGAUUACAGACAACUUAAUAAAGCUACUGUAAAAAAACAAGUAUCCUUUGCCUAG